AUGACUCCCCCAAGGCGCCGCUCUGCGCGCAUUGCUGCCACGCCAAAGAGUAACAGGCCGGUUCCCGAAUUACUACCUGUGACUGAAGAUGCCGAACCUGUCGCGAUGUCGUCGCCUCGACGCUCCGUUGCCAAAUCACCUAUGCCUGCCCCUUCUACGCCCCCAUCGUCGGCGAUCAGACCACCUCGGAGCGAAAUGCAUCCGAGCAAGUUUCACCAAAGUAUCGGAGAACCUUCGUCUGCAGUGGCCCUUGGAUUCACGGAUAUCGAUACCUCCGCCAAGAGAAGUACUGGUACUGCCUUAACCGCGACUCCGUCGCGGUCAACCGGUGUGCCGUCGUCGUCCUUUACCUUUGACCUAGCGGCAUCUGCCAAUGGACGCUCGCUCAGCAGUGACGCGAGAAGAAUCAUGGAGGAGUUGCAAGAGAAAGCAGCUAAGAUUAAGGUCGAAUUGGUUGCGCAGCGUGAAGCCGAAGGUCUUGAUGGAGAUGGGAUUGGUGACCGCCGCUUCGCCAAGCCAAAGAGUAUUGCAGGUCGAUACAGUGCUGUUCACGAGGCCGAGUUUGACAAGAUGGAGUCUAUUGAGGGACAUGCUUCUGCUUGGAGAGCAAGCCGAUUUACACCUGUUGUGGCUGGUGUGAAACGUUCACCAUCCAAAGCUAGCCUGACGGAUUCCCCGAGCAAGACGGCCGCUUCGCCUUCUCCACAGAAGACACAGAUUUACAACCGCUUAGCCGAGACGCCUAAGAAGAACCUGAAGCGCAAGUCAUCGGCUGCCAACUUGGACAGCAGAAGCGGCGCGGAGUCGCCAAAGAAGAACUACCAAUUUUCUUCGCCCAGCAAAGCGGCUGAUCGCGCGCCAGCAGAACGACAACCUGAGAAGCGAAUCAAGCAACGCAGAGAGGACGACACAUCAACCAACAAACCUAAAUCUGCGGCGACACCAACUGCUUCCCGCGCCAUUGCACGUCCGCAGUCAACCCUCUCACGCUUGAUGAGCCCUACAAAAUCCUCGAGAAUGCACAAGUCAGCCAGUCCCACAAAGAUAGCAGUGUCUUCGGUAUCAACACCGACGAAGCUACCGACCAGCCCACGGAAGCCGACUAUAUCAUUGGUCUCUACCCCAUCCAAGGUAUCUGCCAGUCCGAUCAAAGCCGCCACCUCCGCGACGCCGAGCUUUGCACAGUCGUUGUCUGGAGCCAACUUGACUGCUAAAGCCGAUGGCUUCGCUCGUCGAAUACUCAGCCCGGCACGCAUGCAGAAAGUAAAGUCUAUUCUUCGAUCGCAGCCGGCUGCUGACUCUGCAUCGGGCAGCGCCAUCCCGCAGCCCGCGCUCUAUGGAUCACAUACUCCGGCCCCCCCGCGCCUCGACAAGGAACUGCCGCCGGCUCCCUUCACAACUCCUCGUCGCAAACUUACAUCAAAGAAGGUGACAUUCACACCUGAGACUAAGCGUGCAGCCGUGGACCAGAACUCUCCCACACCACUCAAGUCCUCCUUGUUCAGGUUCAGAUCCGCUUCUGGGCCAAAGAGCACCCGGGACGUGGAGAAGAAGACUGCCGUCUCCGGACCUAGUGGCCACGUUGCCUACCCUGACUUGUCUGCGUUCAAGGAACUUAUUGAUUCUAAAGGCGACAGUGGCAAGAAAAGAGUGCCUUCGGUACCGAGCUCGUUCACCUUCCGCAGCGACCACACUAUCGAAUUUGGUAACGCACCUAAGACUGGAUUUGGCAGCUCCGUCGGACAGUCGAGCGUUCGACAAGUUAGACAGUCGCUCAACCAGGCAGCCAGCCUGCCAGGCAGCUUCCCUACGCCGCCUGCUGCCAGCUCGCAUCCAGACAAAGAGAACACUGCUCCAGCAUCGUCUUCCAAGACACUCCCUGGCGUCUUGCACGGGCUGACAAGUAAAAAGCGUCACCGGCCGAGCAGCGAUGAAGAGGAUGCGGAGAGAGAGGCGGCCGACCGCGCUUCCAAAAAGCGCAAGAACAUCACAACCAGCGCUGAGCGCCCGGCCUUGUCCUCCGCGAAACCCAUUUCUUCCACUCCGCAAAGUACCGUCAAGAGAGCACGACUGGAUCGCACUGCGUCUCUCACCCCUAGCAGACAGCAACCCAGCAAGAGCCCGACUGCGACACCGAGAUCUGCUAGCCCUGCAAAGAAACAGGGCUUGAGCAUGAGCCGCCUAAACAUGCUGGCUCGUCCCAAGACGAGAGUCUGA